AUGUCGCACCCGCCCGCGGAACGCGGAGACGAUGGGGAGAGCAACGGUGCCUUGAGGAGGCGCCGUGGUCGGCGCGGCCGAGGCGGCAGCAGCGCCUCAGACGACGCCGACGAUGACCCGCUCUACCCCCGCGGCCCCGCCCCUGGAGUCCGAUGGCGCGGAGGUGCACCGCCGGCGGCCCCGACCUUCUCGGGGGGUCGCAGAGCGGGCCCGUGCUGUUGGGGGCACUGGCGUGAUGCGGUGGCCGCCUGGAAGUUCCGAGUCAAGCGCUACCUGCCGCUCGCCGAGGCGGCGUUGCAGCUCAGAGAUGCCGUCGCAGGGGAGGCGCUGAAGGAGACCAUCUCCGACCCGCCGAUGACAUGGGCCACCCAGGACGUCAUCGAACGUUUGGUUGAAGUUAUGCGCUCGCCCUGCGGCGAGGAGGGGAUUUUCCACGCGGGUGACCUGCUGGCAGCGUGCGAGAGAAUCAAGAGGGGUCAUGGUGAGAAGCUCCACGCUUACUGCACCAGGUACGUCAGAGUUGAGCGUGCGCUCGAGCAGGUCAAGAUCAAUAUCGCCGAUUUCGAGUUCGACGGGGUCAUGAACGCCAUCGGGCGCCUGUGCCCUGAGAGGGCGGCGGCGCCGCCAGUGGCCUGGCCGCGCCGCGAGAGGGCGCCGGGCGACGACCGCGAGCGAGGCCACGGGCAGGAGCCUGGCGGCGGCCCUCGGCGGCAGCAACCACCUGCGCCGCCCAGCCGCCCCGGCCUGCUGGACAGGACAUCGGCUCCGCGGCCGCCCCCGCCUCGCCACGCGGUGAACGCCACCGAGGCCGCGAUCGAGGAGGAUCAGCUCGGCGAGGAGGCUGCCGAGCACGAGGAUGAGGUGGACGGCCAGCCAGAUGACGAUGAGCCCAAUGCGGAGGAGGCCGCCGACCAGGAGCCCGCCGAGUUCGAUGAAGUGUACGAGGCUAUGACAGCCUUGAACGACGUUCUCAGCAUCGCGUCUCAGAAGCUGAAGGGGAUCACUCAAUCAGUCUUCAAGGGCCUGGCAGUCGGAGAUUCAAUCGAGUAUAUCGACGAGUUUGACGGUAAGAGUUGGAUGAUUGCCGAUCCCGCGUGCCAGAGGAUGGUCCAUGGAUCCGCAUGGGGGAACACUCACACCCAGAGGCUCGAAGACAGAUCCCUGCCCCUCGUCAAGUGGGCCGUCCAGGAGAGGUUCAAGUUCGGUGAGGGCCCCGAGAUCCACUCAGUCCUCCGAUGGGGUUACCCGAUAGGCAUCGCAGGUGUGGCGCUCUGGGCUAGGUCUUCCGAGGUGUCGUCCGAGAUUCCCCUACUGGCCUCCAACGAGUUCAUGGUCUUGGGAGCCUCCAUCAACAUGUUCGUGGGGGCAAUCAGCUUCUUGGGGAUCGGGGUUUACGACCUCCCGCUUCAGAGGGCCAGGAACGGCCAGCUCAUCGUGUGCAUCUCCGAUUUCCCGAACGAGUUACCCGACUUCUCGGAUUGGGACACCUUGGAUGAGGACGUCAUCUUACCCCCCGAUGCGAAGAUCAACUGUGAACACCGUCGAGAGCGACACCUCGAGCGAGUACAACUGAACCAGGGGACUUCGGCGAGCGAGUCUACUAAGACGGACGUGCGACGAUGCCAGCGAUGCGUGCACUUCGACAUUGCCGACGACGGCCUAACCGAGUACGAGACCCCCGAGGGCGCCAUCGAGAUCGAGCGGUCCGAGUCGACUCUCCAGCCGUCUUCGGUCAAGCAGCCGAGUCAGGCCUUCCGAGCUUCGUUGAUGACGGGCCCGGGCUUUCGGAACGCGUUCCUGAAGGCGACGCCGCUCCUGGCUGCCUUCGUCAAGGGAUGCGCCGAGGGUCUGAAGGCGCACGAAGCCUACCUGGACAUGAAGGCGCCCAAGAGACGCGAGCCGUGCGACCACCAGGACUCGACCACGGGGGUCUCGACCAUCAAGGAGUACUGCGCGGGUCGCCACGGGUGGUACGCUAGGUGCCAGCAGCCGGCGCGCCAGAUGAGGUGGAAGUGGAUCGUCACCGACGCCCAGUGGAUCGACAUCAUCUUCGAGACCCUCAGUCCCAGCACAGUCCUUCACGGCGCCCCGCUGCAAGGAGCUCUGAAGCGUCACAUCGGCGACCUCAACCGCACCAUCUCCGCGCUCGAGGUCGAGGCUAAGGUUCGGGACGUCGUUGACAGCGCCGCCCGGCAGGUCAACGCCGAGCUCGUCGACCUCAUCUACGGCUUCGACCUGGGCACGGUCGCUGGUCGACGGAGUUGGAACCACGCCAUCAAGACGUUCAAGCCGCUGGUGGUUAUCAUGGGUUUCCCCUGUACGAAGUGGUGCUGGUACAACUACGCGAUUAACUACCGUGACUUCCCCGACCUCCUCGCAUCCCUCCAGGACGAGGAUCGGCCGCUGCUCAAGCUCGUCGUAUGGACCGCUCUCGAGCAACAGAAGAACGGCAGGUACUUCCUCCUCGAGAACGCCGAUAGGAGCCAGGCGUGGGAGCAGCCCGAGUUCGACCCGCUCUGGAAGGACCACCACACCGUCUGGGGACGCGGCGACAGCUGCCCCUACAACCUCAGGGCCCUCAACGGCGAGCUGAUGCGUAAGACGCGGACGUGGGUAAGCAACCAUCCCAAGUUGCUGGAGUCGGUGACCCGCAGGUGCGAUCGUAGCCACAGUCACGCUGAAGUUCAAGGGCGCGAUACUUCCCGCUUUCAGGUAUUCACCGAGGAGCUCGCAGACAGCAUCCUGACCGUCGUGCAGCAGGUGGUUGCAGUCCGAUCGCCUGCUUCGCUGGCAUGGACAUCUAGCUACGACCAGUGCCGAUACGAAUGGCACCCUCAGGACAGCACCCCCGCGGACUACCACGACCAGCUCUACGCCGCCUGGUUCGUCGACGUCGACCGCGACACCGUCGAGUGGCAAGUUGUUCUCACCCAGACGAUGCUCAUGAUGGAGGAUCGGGCCCGGGACACCUGGGAGCUUCCGCCAGGCCACGAGAUCUACCAGCGCAUCCAGGACCUCGUGCCAUGGGAGCUCGUUCGAGUACAAGCCGCUCGAGUACCGAAAGCGCGUAGGCAUGCAGUCGACAUCGUCUACCGCCACCGCGGCAUGGCCGCCAUCGCCUACGCAGGUAACAUCAUCGUCGAGACUGAAGCUCUGAAGGACGUCCAGUACCCGAAGCUCCGCUUCAGCGAGCCGAUCGCCCUCGCCAUCUUCUUCUUCGGGAGCGCGCCUGAGUCGGCCAGCGCCGACGGCGAGCCGCCUUCCGAGGUACCGCAGCCAGGACCUGCUGCUGCCCAAGUUCACCCUGAGAGCGCCGCGGAGCCUCCAGUGGAAGAGCCGGGCCCGCGUCCGCCGGCGCCGCCAGUUCAGGCUGCCGAUCUCGACCUCUACUCUAUCGCAGGGUGCCGCAUCGAGUUCCCUAACCUCAGCGACGACAAGUGCCCCCGCGAGAUCAAGGGGGCCAUGCCAUCAGUCUACUUGGCGAUCGACUUCCUGAAGUGCGAGGCCUGCGAGCGGACUCGCCCGCCAGCUAGGCCAAAGCCGAUCUCCGCGACGACUCGGUACCUGGGUCAGUUCGGCGAACACCUCCAGGCCGACUUCUUUACUAUCGUGGACGUCACCAACACGCCGCACCACAUGCUCGGUAUCAUAUGCCUCAACACACACCUCCACCGCGUGAAGCGCGUGGUCGACCGCUUCCCAGAGACAGCCGUGUCCGCCUUCCUGGAGGCAUGGGUCUCACCGUUCGGCAUGCCGAUUGCCAUCGCCGUCGACAUGGACGGCAGCUUCAUGGGCAACUUCAAAGAGCGGCUCGAGUCGCACGGGGUCAACGUCUCCUACUGCCCGCCCGACGUACAUUGGCAGAUCGGGACCGUCGAGAGGCAUAACGCGUCAUGGAGGUGGAUCUGGAAUCGGACAUGCGACGCCUGCGCCGUGAAGACCGCCGAGGAGGUCGACAUGACUACCAUUGCCGUCAGCGAGGCCAAGAACAAUGCAGUUCGUUGGGCCAGGCGCUCCGCUAACCAGUGCGUCCUGGGAAGGACUCCUCGUAUUCCUGGUGAAUUGCUAUCCGACGGUCACGGCCUUGCCGUCGCCGCCAACGCCACUAACUCGCAGCACGUGAUGAACAGCGACUUCUACCGCAUGGAGGCCAACAUCCACACGGCCCACUUCAACUACGAGCAGCACGUGAGGAAGUCGCCCCUCAGGAAGACCAGCCACUUGCGCUACGACCUUGACAAGCUCGUCGCAGGCCAGCAGGUUGGAUGCUGGCGCCGGGACGCCAAGAAGCGCCCCAGCGGCAAGUGGUCGCGCCCAGGUUUCGUCAUUGGCACUUUCCUACAAUGGGACAUUGAGGUUCUCAAGAACAGCUACGACCUCAUGAAGGACGACCUCUGGGAGGACGAGCGAGACGCCGGGCCCGCGCCCGACGACCUGGCGGAGGAGGCCGACAUCUUCGUCGACGACGGCCGCAACCUUCUUCCAGGCCGCGAAGGUCACCCAGGCCCCCAGGCCGCUGACUCCGUCUCCGCAGAGCCGAACACGAUCGAGACUGAUCUGAAGGUCAGCACCCCGCGGUCGCCUCGCAGCCGGGCCGCCGAACACGAAGUCCCUCCAGAGGCCGACCCUCCAGACGAGAAGAGGCCCCGCGUGUCUACCUUGUGCGCCCAGGCUUGGCUGACUUCCAUCUGGGCCACCGAGGUCGGGGACGGUGCCGACGGCUCCGACGAGAUGCCCGCCGUGUUCGCCAACGUCAGCCCCUACGCCGACUACGCGGACGAGAUCGAGAUCAUCUACCAGGUGAACGCCAUCGUCGCCGACGACGGGCCCAAGCUCCCCCUGGUGCCCGACUCCGAGGACGACGAGCCUGCCGACCAGAACCAGCCCACCAUGACGAGGGCCGAGCGGAAGGCCUACGACCGCGAGUUACUUUGGCGCGAGAGCAUGAGUAUGGACGGCUCCACCAUCCAGAGCUUCCUGCAGGCCACGCGCAAGGAGUACAGCAACUGGGUCAAGUGGGCGCCGAUGGUCGCAGUGGCAGACGUCGUCGCCAAGGACAUGCUCAACUCGCCCGAGAUCCGCAAGAGCUGCAUCCGGGCGCGAUGCUGCUAUCGUGACAAGAACUGCGGCCAAGGAGAGCUUGCUGCGAAAUGCCGGGGAGUCGCCGUCGGUUGCAGCGACCCGAGGCUCGAGGCGCUCGAGCGGAGGUCUCCCACUACGCAGCGCAUCAGCUUCUUCACAGCAUGCCAGAUCCUCGCCACCAUGAAGAUCUACGACCCAGAGGGCAACUGGACCGCCUGUGUUGGCGACCUCGGGAACAGCUUCUUCCAGGGCAGCCGCGAGAGGGAGGACAAGGUCUACCUCAUUCCGCCGCGUGACCCACUGGUCAUCGCCACCCGCUCCUGGCCAGAUACGUUGUACGAGGUGACCGGCAACAUCUACGGUUUCGCCGACGCCCCGCUGGUAUUGUGUCGUCACAUUCGACACAAGAUGUACGAUUUGGGUUUCGUGAGCCAUAGCCUGGACGUGAUGUGUGUUCUGAAGUUCGAUAAGGGACGUUUAUUGGCCAUCGUUUUGUGGUACGUCGACGACAUGUUCGCCGUAUACGCCAAGAGCCGUUUCGACUUCUCCCAGCUGGAGAAGGUUUUCGUGUGGGGCAAGCUCGUGUAUCUGCCUCAGGAGCUUGUGUGGUGUGGGCGCGAGAUCAACCAGUACCACGACGGCCGAGUCGUCAUCAUUCAGAAGGAGUACGUCAAGGGUUUAGAG